GAAGCCUUUACGUGAUGACGUGUAUUGCAAUCAUAGCAGCCGUGAAGUCACUUUGACUUUGCGUUAACGGGAAACGGAGAAGCCAUGUCUGUUUUGCUGAGGAAAGUGAGGCGCACCAACCCUGCAGCUGCCUCUGUGCUGGAACGAGCAGAUUUCCGCACAGAUUCAGAGAUCCAGUCUCUGACUCGAGAAGACCUGCACGAGCUGUUUCCUGGACCCGAGAAGCUGAAGCUGAGGAGGACCGUUUUCAGAAUCAUAAAGAAGCGUAAACCUAUAAAUGUGCUCCUGAAAGAACUCCAAGGUUUCAUCCCACAUUAUUUGCUCAGGGAUUCUUUAUCUUGCAGUGGGGUCUUGGUGGACUACCUGCAUACCCUGAAGGACAUGAAGGCUCAGCUGAACAAUGUGCAGAGUUUCAUUGAAGCACACAUUGAUUUACUGGAGGACAUCAGUAAAGCGCCGCCACACCAGGAACACGACCAAAGUGAUGUUUUAUCUGAGCCUGGCACAACAGUUCCCAGUCCUCCUCUGGAGCCUGACAUUAAACCAGCCAAUGGACAUUCAUUUGCAGCUCAAGUGAUGUACCAGAUGAUUGUCGGUGGUAAAACCUGUGAUGCUCAUCUUCAGCUGAUGGCCAAGGUCCAGACUCAAGUGCAGCACCAGGUUCAGCUCAUUUCAUGUAGUCAGGAUGGCCAGGUCUUCAUAGUCUUCUGCCCAAUCACUUCACGUGCCGGGCCAGAUGUUGAUGGAGCCAUGGCUAAUGUAACAGGACGUGAACCUGUUAUUCUGGUGCUGAUGCACCACACACUUGACUCCAAGCACACAGCAACAAGGAGGACCUGGUCGGAUUUCUCAAAUAUCGUGCUUCAUGUUAAUGUUUUCUUCCACGAGACAGCGCAGGGAUUGCUCAGGUGUCAAGAAAACAAUGCUGCUGUGAUUCAGAUACAGAACAAAUUACUGGAAUACUGUACUCCAGGAAGCAAAUGGGCGGUGACUGGUGAAUAUAAGAGCCCUGGCAUUGACAGCUGCUCCCAUUUGGACAGCGGGGGCAGUGAGUUUGGUUUUAGGUUGUUUGGCAGUGGCAGCAGCAGUAGCAGCAGCAGCAGUAGUGACGGUGAUACUAAAAGUAUUUGGGGGCCUCCAGAAUAGAAGUUUAUUUAAACUCAGUGAUGUCUUUUUUUAUGUAUUUUAGUAAAUUUAAAUCAGCAUUGCAUUUGUUGUUUUGAGAUGUUGUAACUAUUUAACAUCUUAGGAGCAGUAUGUUUAU